CAUUUCAUAUUGUAACCGAGUGUGGGACUUUUCUUUUGAAGGACUGUAACCGGAAACGCCGUUGUUUCACAACUUCAAACUCGCACAUGUGCUAAUUUGUGUAGAAUGCGCUGUGUAUCUGCGGUCGGUCGUUAGGCACUCUGAGGUGGUCCGCCUGAGGCUUCACUGGCGGCAGUCUCCGUCUGAGAGCCACCGGGAGACUAAACUUGCAUUUACCAAGCCGUGAAGCCAGAUUUUAAAUGUCCGUGCUAAUGUAGCGGUAGCAGCUCACGAGCUCAUCCGGACGGCGGCCAGUAAUCCCAUAAAUUGAGGUGGAUGCUGACAGCCACUUGGGUGGGGCUGACGCGGGUGACAGAGGAGGGGUAGCGCUCAGGGAUAUAUCAAACCGCGCAGGAGCGUUUUGCGGAGCAUUGUGGGGCGGUUGGUCGGUCGGUCGCUGAAGCCAUGACCAAGCCCGAGUCGAGGAGAGCCGGGGCGGCCGCGAGCGGAGCCCCCGCCGCCGGCAAGUGCGCCACCGCCGCCGAGCAGGUGAAAAACGGCUCCCUGGACCCCGGCGGUCCGGAGCAGAGCACGGCCCCCAAAGCCAAGAUGAUGAAGCAGACCUCCAGGGAGAAUCUGUACCGGAGGAACGUGGAGUGUGAGGUGUACGACGACGGGACCAACACCUUUUUCUGGCGGGCCCACACGGUGACGGUGCUCUUCAUCCUCACAUGCGCUCUGGUCUACGUCACCCUAUUGGAGGAGACUCCUCAGGACACGGCGUACAACACUAAAAGAGGCAUCGUGGCCAGCAUCCUGGUGUUUCUCUGUUUCGGGGUGACACAAGCCAAAGAUGGACCCUUCACCAGACCACACCCAGCCUACUGGAGGUUCUGGCUGUGUGUGACGGUCGUCUACGAACUCUUUCUCAUCUUCAUCCUGUUUCAGACGGUGCACGACGGACGGCAGUUCAUGAAGUACAUCGACCCCAAAUUAGGGGUGCCCCUCCCUGAGCGAGAUUAUGGAGGAAACUGCCUCAUGUACGACCCUGGAAACACUACAGACCCCUUCCAUAACAUCUGGGACAAGAUGGAUGGCUUUGUGCCAGCUCAUUUCCUGGGGUGGUACAUUAAGACUCUGAUGAUUCGUGACUGGUGGAUGUGUAUGAUAAUCAGUGUCAUGUUUGAGUUCCUGGAAUACAGCCUGGAGCAUCAGUUACCCAACUUCUCAGAGUGCUGGUGGGAUCAUUGGAUCAUGGACGUGUUGGUGUGCAACGGUCUGGGCAUCUACUGUGGGAUGAAGACGCUGGCGUGGCUGUCGAUGAAGCCGUAUCAGUGGCAGGGCCUCUGGAACAUUCACUCCUACAAGGGGAAGAUAAAGCGCAUAGCAUUCCAGUUUACUCCGUACAGCUGGGUGAAGUUUGAGUGGAGGCCAGCUUCAAACCUCCGCCGCUGGGUGGCUGUGCUGGGCAUCAUCUUCACAUUCCUCCUGGCCGAGCUGAACACCUUCUACCUGAAGUUUGUGCUGUGGAUGCCCCCCGAGCACUACCUGGUGCUGCUCCGCCUGGUGUUUUUUGUCAACGUCGGGGGCGUGGCCAUGCGGGAGAUCUACGACUUCAUGGAGGACCCGAAGUUCCACAAGAAGCUGGGCCAGCAGGCGUGGCUGGUGGCGGCCAUCACAGUGACGGAGUUUUUAAUCGUGGUCAAGUACGACCCCAACACCAUCAUGCUGCCCAUCCCUUUCUUCGUCAUGCAGUGCUGGUUCUUUGGAAUCUUCCUCAUACUGAUCUGGACCCUCUGGCGAUUCUUUAUCCGUGACAUCACGCUGCGCUACAAAGAGACCCGCCGGCGUAAGCAGGAGGCGCCCAUCGAGUGGGAGCGCCCUCUGGGCAACGGCUUCACGGCGGCGCCGUCCGGCCGGAGCAAGCUGAACGGCAGCUCUGAGACGCUGCGGCAGAGGAAGUCCUGAGGAACGACCCCCCCCCCCCCUCCGCUGAAGGGGAGGAACCAGGUUUCACCGGGGAGGGGAAAAGGGCGGGAAGACGUAGAGAUGGACGCUCCAUCGCUGUGUAGAUUUGUUCUGGUGUACAUGAACUGAGUGGGCCGGGGGGGGGGGCAGGGGAGUUUUCACCUGAUGAUUUACCUCAUUCUAGAUUCUUCUUCUUUUUUUUUAAGAAACACAUGAAAAGUUUCUUUUUUUUCCUGUUAUUUAUGUUUUGAAUGUUGGGUGAGGAUGAAAAAAACAAAUUUCAACCAUAUAAAGGCGGGACGACGGGCUCUCCACCAAGAAUCAAAAGAUUUCCCCAUUUCUCAGCUGCACUUUAUCCAAAAAUAGACAGAACACGCUGAAACUAAACGGAUCCGCCGCUGUAGAUCGGGUUAUUUUUGGCUCCGUUAACGACCCGGCGCGUUUGGGUUCAGUUGUUGGAGCACGAGGAACGUGCGCUUCAGCACAUGGUUUACAGUUCAGCACCGAGGGAAAACCAGCCAAAGCCCUUUCUUUUUCUUUCUUUAUUUUUUGUUCCUCCCCUCAGCUUGUUCCUAUAAAAAGGAGUUUGUAAAAAAAAACAAAAAAACAAAUGUACAGUAUAGUUGUUAUUUAACUGGUGGGAUGCAGUCAGGUUUUUUUUUUAAUGUUACAUCACUCUGGUUUGCUUAGGAGAAUUCUGGAGAAUAAUAAGGAGAA